GGGCGGAGCUGCACCGCUGCACUGCUCGUACUUUUCGGACGCUUUUGGAUACUCGUUUCAGUCGUGCUGUCCGGUUUGGCGCAGAGGCUCAUCGAGAGAGCAGCCAGAGACGAGUCAAGAAGAGAAGUAGAAGAGCACAUCUGUGAUUGUUGUUCAUCAUGGGAGCAGAGAGCUCAGUGCAGCGGGACGGGAAGAGCCAGGAGGAUGCAUCAGUCUCAGCUUCAGCUUCAGCCUCCGCCGGGGAGCUCCAGGAGGGAGGCAGCGUCCUCGACAGCAAGCCUCUGCAGAAAAAUGGCCAAAUCUCCAGCAUGACCAGCCUGAACGGACACUCGGAGGACAACACGCUGGCAGAAGUUGGCCAGCCGGAUGGUGUGUCUGUGGCUCAGAAAGAGGAGGCUCCUGAGACCAUGGAUACCGUCCAGGAUGAAGUGACUCCUCAAGUGAAUGGCGAGAAAGUUGAUAAAGAGUCCCCUGAUGCAAAUGACAUAUCUGCUGUUGAGGAAAAGGCAGCAGAGGAAAAGCCUGAUGAUGCCAGUGAAGUGGGCUUCAAGAAGAUAUUCCGCUUUGUGGGCUUUAAGUUCACACUCAAGAAGGACAAAAGUGAGGAGAAAGACCCUGUGAAGCUACUGACAGUCAAAGACAAGGAAGGAGAGGAAGUCAGCGGAACUGACGAACCUGCAAAGGAGACAGAGGUUGCAGCUGCUGAAGAAACGAAGGCUGAAACAGAGGCAUCUGCUGUUGAGGUUCCACCUGAAGCUACUGAUGAGGUGGCCAAAGAGGAAGGAGUUGUGAAGGAAGCUGAGACCAGUCCAGCAUCUCAGGAGACUGUGUCUCCCUUCAGGAAGCUCUUCACUGGAGGACUCUUCUCAAAUCUGCGAAAGAAAUCCAGCAUUAAGAAGACAAAAGAGGAGGAAGACAAGGAGGCAGCUGCUGAGGAGGAGAAAGCUGAUGUAGAAGAGAAGGGGGAGAAAUCUGGGACUGAGCAUGAAACCAAGGAGGAACAAUUAGAGAUUUUUGUGGAGGAAAUGUUAGGGGUCAAGGAAGACACCCCAACCACGUCAGGGAAUGAAAAAUCAGAGGUAACUCCAGAGCCCAAGGAUAUCCCUGAUGAAACUACUGAUGACACCAAGCAAGAAGACCAAAAGGCAGAGGCUGGUGCAGAAGAGGAGAAGGCUCCAGCUGAGGUGACUUCUGAGGCAGAGCUGCUGUCCUCACAGGAGAAAACGAAGCCUCAAGGAAGCCCCCUGAAGAAGAUCUUCACCGGAGCUGGCUUGAAGAAGCUCUCCACCAAGAAACAGAAGGUCAAGAAAGAUGCUGAAUCAAAGCCCUCUGAAUCUGGAGAGCAGGCAGCUGAGCAACUCCAAUCCUCCACAGAGAUAGCAGAGGCCCCCAAGGCAGACAGUGGGCCCUCAUCUCCAGAGGAGUCAGGAGAGCAUGUUAUGUCUGUGGAGGUGACCCAGAAUGAAUCUAGUCAUGAGAAUGAAGGUGAAGUUUCAUCUGAUGGAGAGAAGAAAAAGGAGGGCAUCAUUGCCUGGUCCUCCUUCAAGAAACUGGUAACACCCAAGAAACGUGUAAAACGACCCUCUGAAAGUGAAGAUGAAGUCACAGCUGAGAAACCAGCCAAGUCAGCCACCCUGUCCUCCUCGGAGAGUGCUGCAUUAGCAGAUAAGGGUACUGAGGAGGAGGGUAAGGAGGAAAAGCCCUCUGAGGAAGAACCAAACACUGAAAAUACUGAGAAACUGGUCAGCAGCACAGAAGAACCCAAAAAGAAAAUGGACACUUCUGUUUCCUGGGAGGCUUUAAUGUGUAUGGGUGGGCCCAAAAAGAGGACAAGGAAAACCUCUGAUUCUGAUGAUGAGGAGACCAAGAUUGAAGAGGAAGUUCCACAGGGGGAACAGGAGAGCAAAACUGAAGCUGCCGUUGUCACUUCCCAAAAUACAGAGAGUGAAGGAGAAACCGUUUCUUCACCUGACCCUAUAAGCAGCCCCCCUGAGAGAGAGUCCACCUGGGACACACUGAAACGAAUAGUUAUGUCAAAGAAUAAGUCCAAAAUUGAGGAAAAGCCCGAGGAGUCUUCAGACCAAGUCCUGUCAGAUGGUGAGAUACCAAAAGAUGAGUCAUCUUUCUCUUUGAGGAAGCUCUUCCCUGGACGCAAGAAGAAGAAGGUUGAAAAACAAUCCUCCUCUGACCUGGCCUCAGGUGAGGAGGACUCUGACACCCCAGCUGUGGUUCCUCUCUCAGAGUAUGAUGACCAAGUUGAAGCUGAAAAAGAAACACCAGCAGAACCAGCUGAAAUACAAAUUAAAGUGUCUGCUGCUGAAGACAGAUCCCCUUCGUGGAUCCCAGCAGUUGUUGAAGAUACUGAUGAUAAAGUCGAUCAGCUGAGUGAUAUCCCAGAGGAGGCAGAGAAUGCUUCCACACCAAAGUCUGUCGAAGUUGACCUUACAGAGGCUGAAGAUAAGGCUGCACUGCUUCAAGUUCGAGGGCGUGCAGGGCGCAGGCUCUCCACUGCUGAAGUGAAACCAGUUCCUCAGGCUCCAGAUGCAGCAACCACCCCUGUUGCUCAGGGACCCACUUCAGAAAGUGCAGUAGAGGUUGUGCAGGGUAUUGAGGCCCAAAUCAGUGAAAUCCCAACCCAGACAUCUGUGACUGUAGAAGAUGUACCCAUGGAGGCAGCCUCUGAGCAAAUUGAGCAAGAAAUAGCGACUGAGACUGCUACAUCUGUGACAAAUGCUCUUCUGGAGCCACAUGCUCGUGAGGAAGCCAUGGCUAUCUGCAUUGGCCUUGACACCAAGGAAAUUGCCAGAGUAGGUCUACAGGAGCCUAUGCAGUCCAUUGUUGAGUCUGUGGCUGUGCUUUGUGAUCCUCUGAGCACAGAGAUGUUAGUGAAGGAGAAGCCACCAAGUACAGAGGAAGCAAGCGUUGGAGAAGACGAAGUGUUCGUCGCUCAAAUACAGCAAGUAGAUGCUACUGAUCUUGAGCCACCUAUUGAAAAUUCAGUGUGCAUAGACCCAGAGGUUGAAGUCACCAAUCAGAGUUCUGAACCUGAGUUUGAGAUUCUUGGAGCUGUCAGCAGGGUUGAUGUUAACAUGGAAAAUAGCCCUGUAACAGAGAUAAUUGAGCCUUUGGCACCCAACUCAUAUGAAACCAUGCAAAGCGCCAUCACAGAGCAGACUGAACCAGUCAUCCCCGUAGCCGCACCAAGUGAAGAGACUCCCAUUGUCACAGAAACAGUGGUGCUGGUCGCCCCACUCGAUGUUGAGUCUAACCAAGUGGUAUCAUUACAGCCAGUUUUUAUGGGAAAUGCGUCAUUUUCAGAAACUGUUGAUACUGAAACAGUCAAGGUACAGAAAACCAAAGGGGAGGGUGCUGUUGCAAGGACUGUGAAGGCCACAGCCAUCCCCACUGAAAAGACGGAUAUCAGUGCAAUCAUUGAGCACGCCAGCAUGAAGAUUGAAGGAGUCAAGGAGGACGUCAAGCAGGAAGUCAAGCAGGAAAUCAAGCAGGACAGUGAGAUUGAGGCCCAGAGCAUGGUCAUUGCCCAGGCUGUCAUUCAGGAUGCGGUGGAUAAAGUUUCAGAAGAUGUGCCUGAACACAAGAAGUCUCCCAAGCAAACGACCCUCAUUCCAAGACCAGUCAAGGCAGUAGCAACAACAGAGAAAGAGAUUGACGUCAAAACUGAAACCCCUGUUAUCACUGACACCCCUGUUGCUGUUGACUGUGAAAAACCAUCAGCAAAAUUAUCUCCAUACCUCUGUCUUGCCAUGGAGGUCUCUGACACAAUCCCAUUAGAGUUAGCAGAGAGCCUUGAAGGGGAAAAGAAGGAUGAGAAGCCAGUAAAAGACUUAAAGAAAGCUGUGGAGGUAAAAGCAAGUGAAGAAACUGUCAUAGUGGAAGAAGUAGAAGAGAUAAAGGAAGAGACAGGUGAAGACCUUGAACAAAGCAAGGAGGAACAGAUCAAUGAAGAUGAGGAGCCAGAAGUAGAAGAAGCAGCUGAGGAAGUGAAAUCACAGCCAGAGGAAGCCAAGUCAGAGGCCCCUUCAGGGGAGAGCAAACAGAAAACACUCUCAGUCCACAUGCCAGUCCAGGUUGUUCUGCAGACAGCGGAGAUGAUGGAGGAACUUACAUUUGAAGAAGAGGCUGCGGAAGAGUUUGGCGGCGACACUCUACCAGCUAAGAGACCCAGUUCACCAGCUAGGAGCCCUUCAAGAGGAAACAAACUCCCCGUGUUGUCAGAAGAACCUCAAGCGGCAGCAGAGGAAGUGAGCCAACCAGAGACGGAGAAAGCACCAUCAGCGAAGUGUGCAGAAGUGAUGGCCCAGGUGAUCGAGGUGAUUGAGGAGGCUGUGAAGGAGAUCGAACCCGUGUCUUCAGACAUCACGGCAACGUCAUGAGACGCUGAAGAUACAAGACUGAUGCCUGGGAGACGGACUGUCUGGACCAGGAUGUGAGUGAUGAGGGAGAGAGACAGAAGGAGGUUCUGCUCUGUGGUAACUCGCUGAGACCGGGCCUCACCCAUCCCGCCCAGAGACUGACUGACUGAGCUACAGCUCCGCCAUUCUCUCCAGCUCCCCUCCCACCCUCUGCUUCAUCCACCCAUCCUUCAACCCCAGUGUGACCACCUCACCCACCCACUCACCCACUCUCACAGACACACACUCAUGCAUGUCCUGUGCCUCAGAAGCGUCCCAUCUUGCUUGUAAUCAGUGCAGUGUAUGUUCAGCGUCUCACUUUCCUUUGCCCUCGUUGCACAGGAUGAGGACCAGGCUGAGUGUGUAUCUGUGCAUAUGUGUGUGUGCGUGCAAGUGCAUUUGUGUUUUUUUGUGUAUAGUAGCAAGAGUAAGAUGGUGUCAGAAGGGGAAGAGAUGGAGGAUUAUCUUGUAUAUUGUAUUUAUAUCCUUGCGUAUUCUUGCAUUGACCCAUACGUCUUUAUUGUUUCUUUUUUUCCCCCACUGUUAUUUUUUCCCCCAUUUGUUAUUUUAUGGACAUUGGUUCAUUUUCCCCCCCAAAAUCCCCAUAUUAAGCUGUGAUAUAUCAAGUAUUUUAUUAUGACAGUCAAUUUUAAGAUUGAAACAGUAAGACAUCUACAACGUUGUAUCUGGACAAUGAGAAUGUGACAUAGUUUCAUACAAACUGCUUUGAGUAUCACAGCUUUAAACUGUCUUAUUCAACUAUUAUUUACCAGUCUGUAGUAAUUACUACUAAGCCAUGGUACAAGUGCUACUCCACUGACAGAGACGCCAUCAGGAGCGCAGAUAGUGUGAUGACAUCUACCAGAAAUGUGCCACAUUUGUUUGUCAUGUUCUUCAAUCUGCACCCAAACAUAAACUCAAUAAGCUUCAUGUAGGUAAGAAACACAAUCACUGCCUGAUUCACUGUGAAAAAGACGUUGUUACUCAUUAUUUCAUGUAAUAAUACAAUAAAAUACUAUCACAACACACUCAUUUGAUAAUGUGGCCGAGGUAUCUGGUAAACUUGUAAACAAUAUAGAUGCCAAUUUUUGACACUGUGCUGACAUGUGCAUUUAAGAAACACUUAGAAAGCAUGUCAUGCUCACAGUGUUUAAAGGCCAUUUUUUCUGAGUUACUGUGUGACAUGUUAUAUUGAUGUGAAGCAGUUUGAACACUUUCUUUAUUGCGCUGUAUUUACAAUUACUGAUGGAAAGACGGUAUGUCGAUGCCCUCUACUGCUUACAAAAAGUAGUGCACCCUUUAUUCAUUGCUGUCAUUUUGACUUCAUGUAUGUUUUAACCAGGUUAAUAACGUAUGACAUAAUCUUCGUUCGGUUCAGUCUUAAGCUAGACCUGCACUAUGUCGUGUUGUUCACCGAGCAUGAUCUCGAGGGUCACUGGACUGGCACCAGGGAGGACGCAGACUGAUUGGUUGAUGAUGUUAAAGAGGCACAGACACCAACCCGCAUGGUACCAGAAAUAAAACAAAAGCUCAUUUUGCUCUUUAUUUAAAAACCAAAUCGAGUUAGGAUAAAUCAGGGAGUCAUGGUCUUUCCAUUGCUCAUGGGAUAAGACAUCAGUUGCAUCCAAUUAGAUUCCUAAAGCAUCUCCUCAGCUACUUUGAUUCAGGCAUCAAACCUCAGUUACAAAGUUAGGGCUUACUGUGCAGAUUUACUUUCAUACUUGCAUGUUUUAGGAAUGCCUGAAACACUCCUGACUCACUUGAUUCACUUUUACCACCAAAGUAAUCAUGUUACUAUGGGUUACACUUGUUUUUUUCUUAACGACUUUGUAAAAAAAAAAAACAAUCGCACCAUUUCAAUCAUUUUAAUAUCCUAUGAGCUGGACGUGAGUGCUUCUACAAUCCAUUGAAUCUAUUUUUUUGUGGCUGAUACAACAUCGUAGACUCACUUUUCACUCAGCUUCAUGACCAAACGAGUCAAGGAUCAGGAAGUCUGGACCCUUAUUUAGGUCACCACUUCACUUUACUUUGACUCCACAGGGUGUGACACAUCCACGAUAUAAUUGCUUUAUUUAAAAUACAUGAUUACAAAAAGACAGUGAACUAAAGACUUGCUAUUGUUGCAUAAUGUAAAGCAUUUAGGAGCAAAUCCCACCUGCUGUCCUCCCUGCUUUUUGUAACACUCAACUGUGAACCUGUUAACAUUUGUACAGAUUGUAUACCUACUGUAUGUACUUAAAUCAUAUUGUUGUAAUAUUAACUAAUAACCUGCAUCAAUUUAGCAUAAUAUUCAUGUAGCAUGGUCUUAAUUGUCUUUUAUAUUUUCCCAGCUGUUAAUAGUAAGGACUCAGAAACCUGUCUAUAUUUCAUUCAAUAAAGUUAGAGAAAAUUGC